AUGGCGGACGACGAUGGAUUUCGAGUGGUAAAGAAAAGUAAAGGUCGCAAACACAGGAAUAACAGAGAUAAAAACGGAUCUUUUGUGAAAUCUCGGAACAUCUCGACCUCCUAUGAUUCAGAAAAGUGCGAUGUAAAUGAGUUAAAGACGAAAAUCGAGAAAUGCAGGGAAGAAAUUUUCGGGAGUGAGUUUCUUUUAAAUGUUCAAGAACUACUUUGUGAUGGUCAUCAUACAAAGAAGUCCUGUUGUCCAGCUGAGUCUGCUGUUAGACCAGAUAACAAAUUUAAAGUCAUCCCAGAAGAACCUGUUACUGAUAUUGUUUGUUAUGGAAUUGGAAAACUAUCUUCAUGUCCUAUAGCUAGAUAUCAGUUUGCCUUUUUGCUGUUAUUGAAAGAGUUGUUAAAGAUUAGUGGAUUGUGUUUUGUCUAUGAACCUCAUUUUUCUCAAGAUGACAAAGCAGUUGUUGAAGAGUUGGGAUGUUCUCUUAUUGAUCACAAUGAGGAAGGAAAGAGGAGGGUAGAAAACUUAACUCUUUUUUUCAUGCUUCAUUGUGGUAAACCCCUUUACAACAGUGUUCUUUGGGCUAACUGGGGUCUGGGGCUAUCCAAUGUUAUCAUUCUUGGGAACAGAUUUACAAGCUAUCAAGAAAGAAUACCCUCCAGAAAGCUAAGAGAAGAAGCAUCAUAUAUUUACAAUAUACUUCCAUAUACAAGUGAGACACCAAUUCCUAACACUUUUCAUCACAGUGAUAUCUUCAAUGACUCUGGAAUCCAUUGGUUUCCCAGGGAAGUGCUGGCAACAGUACCAGAAACAUUAUGGAAGGAUUGCGCUGAACCAGUGUACUGUGACGAUGACCCUGAAAUUGUGACAUCUGAUGUAAACAUUUCUGUUUCAUAGCCAUUUUAAGAGUUUUUUAAAAUA